AUGCUGAAACAGUCAACUACGCACCACUUUGAAGAUACAGAGUUCUUGUCCAAGAACAUUUUAGAAAGGGAAGGCCGCGACGUAUUUUGGCUAAGACCUACAGAUGUCGCACAAUGUCCAGUUUUUGAACACGAAGGAAACGUCACUUACUAUUCGAACGAAAGCCUUACCGAAGACAGUUUUCUAUUCUUAUGUGUUGCAGCAGCUUUGAAGAAAGCUGAUAAAUUGCCCAUAUGGCCGGCAUACCGCAGUUCCGAAGAAGGCGAUUACUUCAAUGGGCGCUUAGAAGCAAAGUUUUAUCGCAAUGGAGUUCCUGGUCAAUUCAACAUUGACGACCUUCUACCUUACACCAAUUUCCAAGGAAGCUUUGCGGCAGUAUUUUCAUAUGGCUUGAACUCUAAUGAGUUUUGGAUAAGCUACCUGGAGAAGGCGUACACUAAAUUCUUGGGCUCUCAUGCUCUUGUGUUCGGAAAGUCGAUUUUCGAGUUACUCAGUGAAAUGUCUGGAUGCAUUGUUGAAAAGCUAAGGAUAAAAUACAAAUCAGUGGAUCGCGAAUGGGCCAUAUACAACAUUAAGACCCUUAUGAAGGAGUAUGAUUGCUUCGGGUUGGCCAAAAGUGAAGAUCUAUGGGUAAUAUUUGAGAAGGAUCCGAAUCCCAGGUCUCGACACAAGGAAGACGUUGAGUUGUUUCCUCUGAGAUAUGGAGCUGUUCCAAGCAUCAUCGACUCCGUAACUAUGAACGGCGACACUGGCGGUAUAAAGCCUACAAUUCUCGAUGCUGAGUCCUUAGUGCAAAGCGUGGAUGAUCUGAUGUUUUGUUGGUUUCCCUGUCCAAAGCUUCAUACCAAAAGCAUAGUCAGCUACUGGAUGUGUGGUAAAAACUCCGGAGGUCCUCAGUUCGAGCCGAGCUAUUACACAAAUCCACAGAUAAAACUGCUGGUACAUGAGGACUUCCCGGAACAGGAUGACGAUGAGAUCAAAAGCCAGAUACUCAUUCAAGUAGAGCUUCUGCGUCCCCAUUAUGGUACACUAGCUGCUAAAGUCUUCAAAGCUUCUCAGACAAGAGACCAUUUGACAAUGAAACGUCUACCAUCGAGGUUCUUGAGACCAGAUAAUGUUUACCUAGCGUCAGAAUCGACUGAAAAAUUCAACAAGCCUUGGGUCACCCUUAGGAUAUCUUGGGCACGAGAUGGGGAUGUGUUUUUUAUAGUUCCAAACUUGCCAGUGAAAGAGAUGUGCGGUGGAUUUCGGGUGAAAGUAAUGUCCUCAGUUGUAAUUUCGGAGCUUGAAGAAACAAAAGGAUGUAAAGGCACCGAAAACGUUCCCAGGUGUCGCAAGGGCACUUGUGCUCGUCUUUGA